AAUAAGUCUCAGUUGAAACCUCCUCUCUCUCUCUCAGCCUCGUAUGCAAACUGAGAAUAAUUUGAAGAGAGAUGUCGAUGAUGAGCAGAAAUCGAAGCAGCAUCGGCAUGGGAACACCUUCAUUCAUUGACUUGAAGAAGCAAGCUUCUUUUUUCUUCAAAGAAAAGCUCAAAACUGCGCGUUUAGCUCUCACCGACGUUACUCCUCUUCAACUAAUGACUGAGGAAGCUACGGAUGGAGAGUCAUGUGGUCCAAACACACAAACCUUAGGAUCCAUUUCAAAGGCAGCUUUUGAGUUUGAAGAUUACUUGCAGAUUGUCAAUGUCUUGCACAAAAGAUUGGCAAAGUUUGAUCAAAGAAACUGGAGAAUGGCUUAUAACUCGCUCAUAGUCGUUGAACAUUUGCUCACUCAUGGACCAGAGAGCGUCUCAGAUGAGUUUCAAGGCGAUAAAGAUGUUAUCUCGCAAAUGCAAUCUUUCCAACAGAUCGACGAGAAAGGGUUUAAUUGGGGAUUAUCUGUUAGGAGGAAAUCAGAGAAGGUCUUGAGGCUACUUGAGAAAGGAGAUUUGCUCAAGGAAGAGAGGAAGCGAGCUCGCGAGCUGUCUCGAGGGAUUCAAGGUUUUGGUAGCUUCAACCGCAAGCCUUCAAAGAAUGAAGUCCUACAAGAAUCUUCCUCCUAUAGGAAAUGCAAUUCCAACUUCACCAAGUACAUUGAAGAUGACCAAGAGAUCAACACAAUGGUUUCUCCUAAUGUCACCGGCCACUUCUCUCAGCCGUUGGUGAUUGACCCGAACUCGGAAUCAGGGAGGAGUAUGAAAAAAAAUAUGGAUCCUGAAGAUGAGGAGAACACAGAGAUAAACCCACUUUUGGGUUGUGAUAAAAAGGAGGGUCAAGAUCUAGUAGAAGAAGAAGAGAACCAUCCAUUUACGGAUGGUGAAAAUAAGCAUAUCGUCUCAUUGCUUGAUUAGAACACAAGUUGAAUAUGUUAUAAAUGAAAUCUCGGCAUGUAUGUGAUGUUUGCAUACCAAAAUGUAUACAAAUAUAACAAUAACACUGUUAGUUACUGAUAUGUAUUUUGUUCUUAAACUUGA